AUGUCUGACGAUCAAAACAAGUAUCCUUAUCAACCCAACGAUUCUUUUCAGGAUCUGAAUAUGGUAUCAGGGUUUUGGGGAUCAAAUCCAACAGGGUUUGAUCCUUCUCAUAUGAGCUUCACUGAUUGCUUGCAGGAAACAGUGGAUUACAACACUCUAUCAAGAGCUUUUGACAUUUCUUGUUUAUCAUCUCAUGUUGUUAAUGAUCCUGCUAACGAUACUUGUAAUUCAAAGAAAAAUGUCAGUGUUGGAGAGGAAGCGGGAGGGAUUAAUGAAAAUCCAUUGACUCCGAAUUCUGCUGAGUUGUCGUCUUCUUCUGCAGUCGGAGGUGAAGAGGAAUCCUGCAAAAGCAAUGAAGAUCUGCAGAAAAAAGUGUGUGAAGAUGGAGAUGAAAAGUCUAAAAAUGUGAACAAACCAAAACAGAAAGGGGAGAAAAAGAAAAGAGAACCUCGUUUUGCCUUCAUGACAAAGAGUGAUAUAGAUAAUCUUGAAGAUGGUUAUAGAUGGAGGAAAUAUGGCCAGAAAGCAGUGAAAAAUAGCCCUUUUCCAAGGAGUUAUUAUAGAUGCACCAGUCAGAAGUGUACUGUGAAGAAAAGAAUUGAAAGAUCAUUUCAAGAUCCAUCAGUUGUGAUCACCACCUAUGAAAGCCAGCACAACCAUCCCAGUCCCGCGAUGAAUCGCGGCCAGGCCACUGCCAUGUUGGCACCUUCGCUGCAGCCUGCAAUCCCAAGUUUUCAGCAGGACUAUAUCCUUUCUCAAAUGCUUCCAACAAGUAACCAAAACCACCCAAAUUCUGUGUUUUACAAUAACGUUAAUCCUCAGCAGCGCCUCCAACUUCCUGAAUAUAAUUUUAUGCAGAACACGUUUCCCUCAUUUGUUGACAAAGAGGAGACAUGA